AUGGCGUCCAGUGCAGUGCAAGCGAAGAUACAUUACAUAAAGUUGAGCACAUCUCGGGACGAGGUACGCUUCCUGGAAAUCGAGCCAGCCAGCCAGCUCAGCGACCAGGUCGUCUGCCGCCUCGUGUCACUGCCUCUUCGCGACGGCGUCGAAUUCAUCGCCAUCUCCUCGCUGCUGGGAGACCCGACCGUGCAGGAGAAGAUCCUCCUGGACCGAGCAUACAUCCCCGUACCAGUCCACAUAGCGCAGGGCCUGAAGCAUGUACGCGCCGUCUUCUACCCGGCCCUUCAGAAGGCAAGCCAGGAAAACCUUGCGCGGCGAAAGGAAAGCGCGGCGCCAGGAUGGCUGCGAAGCUUGCUCCGACACUUUGGCGGACGGGAAUACGACGGAAAGCCGAAGCUGCGGGUAUGGAUCGACUGCAUCUGCCUCAAUCCGGCGGAUGCGCGCGAGAACUCCAAACAUCGAGUCAUCAUGUAUCACGUCUACCAGCAUGCACAGAUGGUGGUCGGGUGGGUCGGACUGAAGAUUCCGCAGACGGAGCUUGGCAUCCAGCUGAUCCAGGAAUUCGACAAAGCCAUGCCGCCCGAGUGGCAGGAGCCUGGCGACAAGGAGGCCCAUCCGGAGAACUACUCGCCCUUUCACGAAUGGGCAGUGCCUGUCAUCGGCCUGUUCGAUCCCGGAGCCGAAGCCGCCAUUGGCUGUGCCGACUUCCUCAACCGCGACUUCUUCCACCGCCGUUGGAUCCUCGAGGAGAUGGCCAUGGCACGCGUGCCAACCUUUUUGAUCGGCGAUCGCAUCGUGUCCUGGAAGCAGAUUUUGCGCCUGAACUUGGCCAUGGAAGAGUUCAAGGAUUUCGAAUCCGACGUCUGUCCUGCCUCCACGCGGCCUAUGAUCCACGAGUUCCCUCUGGGCACCAUCCACGAGCUGCUGGAUGAGUUUGAGAAGCGCAAGAAGAUGUCCAAGAUGGCGUCUCUGAACAGCCAGUCGAUGACGGGAAGCACCCGGAGUUCCGACUCAAAGGCCCGCUAG